AUGUUCGCCCGCCGUCUCGCAACCAACCUCCCCCGCGUCCGCGCCCAAGCUUCCCUCUUCCACACCACCGCGCCCGCCUUCGUGCAAAAGGGCGACGCCAUCCCCGAUCUCGACUGCUUGGUCGAGAACUCCCCCGGCAACAAGGUCAACCUCGCCAAGGAGAUCAAGAACAAGGCCGUCAUCAUCGGCACCCCCGCUGCCUUCAGCCCUGCAUGCUCAUCCACCCAUGUCCCCGGCUUCAUUAACCACCCCAAGCUCAAGGAGGCCGGUCAAGCUUUCGUCAUCUCCGUCAAUGACCCCUUCGUGACUAAGGCGUGGGCUGAUUCCCUCGAUCCCUCUGGCAAGAGCGGCAUUCGCUUCCUCGGUGAUCCCUCCGGCAAGUUCACCCAGGCGCUCGACCUCAGCUUUGAUAGCAGCGCUAUCUUCGGUAAUGACCGCAGCAAGCGCUACGUUCUGCUCGUCGAGGAUGGAAAGGUCAAGGAGGCUUUCAUCGAGCCUGACAACACUGGUCUCAACGUCUCCGCCGCUGAGAAGGUGCUCGGCUAA